UGUGUCACCUUUCAGUUUUUCCCCAAUGGCAAUGCAGUGAUCACAGGUUCAGAUGAUGCUUCCUGCAAGCUGUACGACCUGCGUUCAGACCAGGAGCUCAUCACGUACCAGGACUCCGGCAUCAUGUGCGGCGUGACCUCCCUCGCUCCCUCUCUCUCUGGAAGACUCAUCCUCGCUGGGUACGACGACUUCAACUGCAACAUCUGGGACUCGCUGAAGGCGGAGAGAGUCGGAGUGUUGUCCGGUCAUGACAACAGAGUGAGCUGUAUUGGCGUGACACCUGAUGGGAUGGCCUGCUGCACAGGAUCAUGGGAUAGCUUUCUGAAGAUCUGGAACUAAGGCUCUGUCUCAAACGGAGGCAAACAUAGAAUAUGUCAAAGACAGGGUAAAAUGUAAAGGGGACAAUUGAAACGGUAGGAUAUAGUUGAAUAAGUAGGGAGGGAAAGCGAUAUGUUUGUUGUGCCGUCACAACGAGAACGAUUGUGAAUAAGAAAACCUCAUUUAAAGAUGGGCUGACCUGUAGAAUAAUCUUGUCAAAGAAAUCAUGCAAUACCAGAAAACCUGUUUUUCAGGGACUGCUAACUGCAAAAGUGGGCAUUUACAAAGCCAUUACCUAUUUGGUGAUUUGUGAGGUACUUUUUGGAUAGGGUCUUUAACACAUGGGUGUCACAGCAUAUUAUCAAUAAUAGCAUAUGAAAUAAGACUUUCAACACUAGUUGAAUUAAGCUUACUGAGAUCUAAAUGCAUCCUGUGCUAUCAAACCUAUGACAGAGGUUGCCAAAAUAGUUGCGCAAGAUCGAAUAUAAUGACUUAAGUCUGCACAGAAUGAUAUUUUCACUUUUAUAAAAUGUAGUUUACAAAUUAUAGAUUAAACAAGUUUUAGUGAGACUGUCUGAUUGAAGCUUCUUUUAAGUUUAGUGUUAAAAAUUUUUUUGAUAGUGCAUUGCUAGUGUCAUCUGUUUUUUCUGCUUU